GAAAAAUAAGAGCUAAGGAUUUACGACCCUUAUCUCGAUCAAAUCAUCAACGCCUGUGGGGAAGCCUUCCAGAGCCAAAUCCAGCGCCAGCAGAAGCCCUCCAGAGCCAACACCCGCAUCCGCGAAGAAGCCUUCCAGCGCCAACUACGAGCCAGUGAACUAGCCUUCCGGAGAAUCAACAAAAAAAAAAAAAAAUCUUCAAAGCAGAGAUUUCAUGAAACCUUCAACCAACAUGGAAGAAAAAUUGGGAGAACAAAUGAAACAAGACUUCUGGAAGAAAUGGACAUCGGAAUAUCUCUCCAGAUUGCAACAAAGGAGCAAAUGGACGGAUAAAAAAGAAAACAUGAAAAUAGGAGAUAUCGUACUAGUCAAACAGGACAACAUUAAUCCCAACCAUUGGCCCUUGGGAAGAGUGACGCAGUGUCACCCAGGAAACGACGGAUUUGUGAGAGUGGCUACGAUACGAUGCAAAGAUGGAAAAGAGAUCAGAAGACCUAUAACCAAAAUCUGUAUACUCCCGGUCGAGCAAGAAGAAAGAAGAAACGAUAAGACUAACAAAGUCGGACCUUCCUCGAAAAAUAAAGAAUUCCAGACGAGAGACCAACUCCAGACGUCAGCACCAAUUCAUGACCAUGCCCAAUAA